GUCUACGUGAGGUGAAAAUUGUGGUGGCGUGUUUACGGUCAAAUCAGGUACCAAAACCGCGCUGGGAAGGAGGGUCUUGCAGGUGGGCGGCUCCAGCGGCCGCUUUGGUGCCGGUGUAGAUAGAGUAUCGCCCUUUCCUCUCAACCCUUUCGCUCUUCUAGCUCCUGCCUUUUCCUGCAUUCGGUCUCCGACCCCUCAGCCAGACUGGGCAUGUCUCUGCGGGAGCCAACUCGGAACUGCACCAAAAUCCUCUAUUGUCAUCGAAAUCCUCAGAAAAGCCCCUGUCCCGCGACGCCGACUUUCUUGGAGCAACAGACAUACUUGAAGUAUCGGCUAACCAUUGCGCUCGUUUGGCCAUCAUGGUCGUGAUCAUAGGCUCGACGACAGUUUGCUACCCAACAACUCGACAUGACCAACUAUACGAGUCUCCAAGGACGGUGGAACCCCCGGCCUUAGCCGUAGCUGAACCCACGGCUGUACGACUAUCACACGAGGAAUACACGGUCGGCUGGAUCUGCCCUCUUUCUAUAAACAUGGAAGCCGCUCGGGCGGUGCUCGACGACACCCACGAAAUCCUCCCGAACAAACCCGGCGACAGGAAUAUCUAUCUUUUUGGCCGUAUCGGCCAGCAAAAUAUCGUCAUUACAAGUUUGGAAGAGAGAAAUUAUGGUGCAGUAAACGCAGCAGUGGCGGCUACCAACAUGCAUCGGAGUUUCCCCUCGAUAUGCCUGCGCAUGGUAGUGGGCAUCGCUGGCGGCGUUCCUCAGUCCGAGGAUAUACGUCUCGGCGAUGUUGUGGUCGGCACAGAAGUCGUCGAGCACGGGCUUGUCAGGAAGACCCUUUCCCACCUCAUCUAUGAAAGAACCAUCGUGCACAAGGCUCCGGCCGUGUUCAGGGAGGCCAUCUUCAGAUUCGAGGCCGACCGUCUCCCUAGCGUCAGCAACAUGCUCGCUACUCUGGCUGACGUGGGGAGCCGGAACUCAGCCAUGGCUAACGCUGCUAAAGAUCGGUUGUUCGACAGCGAAUACGGCCACAUAACGGGUAUGUCCGACUGCAAUGCUUGCGGGGAAGAGUGGGAGAUUGACCGCGCGCGCCGGGCCACUGGGUUCCCCAGGAUCCACUACGGACUUAUCGCCUCAGGAACCCAGGUCAUCAAACACGGCGAGACGAGAGACAAAACGGCUGAGCUCCUGGGUGGCGUCCUCUGCUUCGAGGUGGAGACCGCUGGAGUGAUGGACCUGUUCCCCUGCCUCGCUGUGCGCGGAAUCUCAAACUAUGCAGAUUCUCACAAGAACGGACUGUGGGAAGGGUAUGCCAGUGCGGCGGCGGCAGCCUAUGCCAAAGAACUCUUG